AUGAGGGCAAAGGCCCUCAUGGUAAAGGUAACUGCGCGAGGACCCAAAGGUAACUGCGCGAAUGGAAGUGACCGCGACCGUGAAAAUGGUUACAGACCUAGGUUCAGUGGAGCUAGGCCGAAAGGCAUUACAAGUGUUCACAGUAACAGUGCGACAGGGACUGUGAGCAACAGUGACACUAAGCGUGAGCAAGUAGCAUGUUGGUGCUUGGACGUCAUCGAGCGGGUGUCGAAUAGAGGUUUUGAAAUUUACACCGUGCGACAGAUAGACAGUCGUAAGUCUACAUUGAAUAGGUCAUCACCCGCCCCCUACAUUUGCGCCUACUUCCUCCUCCUGCGCUGCCACCACGGCCCUCCACGCGCGGUGCGUGGCUCGGGGCCGUCGAUAUCUGUGCCUCCAGAGCGGCUCGGGGGCGGCGGGGGCGGCGAGGAGAAGCUCCUGCGCUCAGCCCUGACAUUUGGCCGACCGGCUCGACGCCCCCUGAGCACACGAUACGCGCGAUAUGCACGAUAUGCUCCCGGCCUCCCCCUCCCUCACACCCUAGCUCCGCUCACGUGGCGGUCGCAAGCGCCAGCCGCGAGCUGCUAUCGCGCGUGCGGCAUUAUCCACGCCGUCCUGCCACCGCGCGCUGCCGUAUCCUCUGCAAUCGUUACCUUGUCUGCCGCUGCACAGCAACCCACAUAUGGACGACGAACGGCGGUGAGUUACGCGGCGGCGCACGGCUCGGGGCCCAUGCUGGAGGCGCUGCUGUCCGUGCCGGGCCUCGACGCCAACAAGGCCGACAACGAGGGCAACACGCCGCUGCACUUCGCUGCGCAGGCAGGGUUCGCGGACGUGGUGGACGCGCUGCUGACGGCGGGCGGGGCGCACGUGGACGCGCGCAACCAGCUGGGCUUCACGCCGCUGAUGAAGGCGGCGCUGCAGGGCCGCACCAAGUGCGCCAAGGUGCUGCUGCAGGCCGGCGCGUCGCCC